AUGAAUCCUCUGUCGCUGAUAUUGUUGCUUGUCUUUGCUUUGGCCUCGUGUGCCACCGUACCUGACAAAGUGACGAACGCCAACGACGUGCCUCAGCAAGCAGCUACUGAUAAACAGGCGGAAGUCGAACCUCAGGAUGGGGCCGAGGAUAAAAAAGUAGCUAAAAGAAGUUACGGGUGGAAUCCUUGGAGUUACAUAGGGUACAGUUACGGAUGGCCUUGGUACGGUUUUGGCCACGGAUGGUACCCAGGUUGGCCUCUGCCGUAUGGUCACGGUUAUGGCGGAUACGGCGGAUAUGGAUAUCACGGUGGAUGGUACAAGGGGUGGUAA